GGUAGACUUCUGUGUUGCGUUUGGUUGAGGGAAGAGUGUGUGUGUUUGGUAAGGGAGAUAUAAAUAGAGAAUAAUGGAGUUGUUAGAAAACGGGGUGGAAGCAAAUGAGCUGCAAGAUAGCAUCUUGAAAAUGGAAAGCAAUGAGAUUGAGCAAAGUAAAGUGGGCAUCAUGAGGGCGCUCGUCGAAGCAGAAGAUCCCUCUGCCAAGGAAGUGGACAAUUUCAUGAUCAGGAGAUUUCUGCGAGCUCGUGAUCUAGAUAUUGAGAAGGCUUCUAACCUAUUCCUGAAGUACCUGAGCUGGAGGCAGACAUUCGUUCCUAAUGGCUCCAUAGGGGUAUCGGAGAUUCCAAAUGAACUUGCCCAUAACAAGGUUUUUAUGCAAGGCCUGGAUAAGAAUGGACGCCCCAUAGUGGUAAUCUUUGGCAGCAGGCAUAAGCAAAACAACGUAGAGGAGUUGAAGCGUUUUGUGGUCUACACUCUAGACAAAAUAUGUUCCAGAAUGCCAGGAGAACAGGAGAAGUUUGUGUGCAUUGCAGAUCUUAAAGGAUGGGGAUACUCUAACAGUGACAUACGAGGAUAUCUGGCAGCUCUCUCAAUCUUGCAGGAUUGUUACCCAGAGAGGCUAGGCAAGUUAUUCAUAGUCCAUGUACCUUACUUAUUCAUGACGGCAUGGAAAGCGGUUUACCCAUUCAUUGACAGCAAAACUAAAAAGAAGAUCAUUUUUGUUGAGAACAAAAGUCUGAGAUCUACUCUCCUGAAUGACAUUGAUGAGAGCCAGCUGCCAGAUACAUACGCAGGCCAACUACCAUUAGUCCCUAUCCAAGAUGCCUAAAUUAUUCAACUAAAGGGGUUUCUCUCUCUCUCUCUAUUACUAGUAGGCUUAGCUGUUUCGGCGGACACAAGAUAGAUCUGGAAAAUAUUCUUUCUUUGCAAGAUUCCUGCGCCAGCGAAUCCCGUCACACCAAUAUUUGAGAUUAUACACUUGUACUCUUCAGCAUUGUAAUGCCCCGGUC